AUGGCCUCAAAAACGCGUCCAUCACGUACCCCUCGUCCUACUGCGAAGGCUGCUGCUGCCACCACCACCACCGCUGCUGCCACCACCACCCCUGUGGCCAUUCGCGCUACUGCCAAGAAGCGAAAGGGUGCUGCAGGCAUCAAUAAACGCGCCUUAAAGGCUCGCCGCCAGGUGGAUUUGACGGCUGCUCCUCAGGCUCCGCAGGAGGUGGUAUAUCAAGGCGUGUGGCAAGCGUUCAUGGGCCUAAAGCCACCGGAUAUUAGAUAUAAGCAGGUGGUGUGUAACGGUGACGAUCCCACGCUCUUUACGAAGGCUCGGAUAUGGGCUGCUUACGCUGCUAGUGUUGACUGCAGAGUGGUGCGGACGUUUGCAACUGUCUCAUAUCGCGAGCAGGCCAAAGGGGAGGCCUACAAGUCGGAUAUUGAGAGCGGAUUCGAGUAUGAGCAGCUAGUUGAACGCCUGCCCCUGCAGCCGGAGCAAGUCAGCGAACGACUUCAACGACUCGCCAUCUUGACGCGUUAG